AUGGCGGCUGCAGACUUCCUCUACUUCACGUUGUGGAUCUCCACAGUCUUCGCCUCCGGACUCGGAUGCCCUGAACUCUGCACCUGCUCAGAUAAAUACGCCAGACAUUUCGCUGAAUGCUCCUACAAAGACUUAACUGAAGUCCCGGACGGUUUGCCUCCUAAUGUUACAACCGUGAGCCUCUCCGCUAACAAGAUCAGUCUGAUACCACUGGGGAGCUUCGACAAUGUCACCCAGGUGACGUCGCUGUGGAUGGCCCACAAUGAGAUCAUCACCAUCGAGCACGGGACCCUCGUGCCUUUGGCUCAUCUGCGAAACUUUGACAUCAGCCACAAUAAACUUGUAGACUUUCCUUGGGAGGAUCUGCAGAACCUCACGGGCCUGCAGCUGUUGAAGAUGAACCACAACGAGAUGGUCCACCUGCCGAGGGACGCCUUCUCUAGCCUCAAAGACCUGAGGUCCCUCCGACUCAACAACAACAAAUUUGUAACCAUAGCUGAAGGGACAUUUGACGGUUUGGUGUCUUUGUCCCAUUUGCAGAUCUAUAAAAAUCCUUUUGCCUGCACCUGCUCCCUGGACUGGCUCCGAGACUGGAUUUCAACAGCCACCAUCACAGUCCCAGAGCAGAAUCUGAUCAUUUGUGAAUCUCCAGAGAAACUUAAAGGGGAAAUAAUCGGAGAAUUGCCCGAGUCAAAGUGCGCAGGCACAAAUGUCACAAUACGAGCUGAGCCAAAUGCUUAUAACUCAACAGUCUAUGAGGGCAGCGCUUUGGUGUUGACUUGUGAAUUCACGGGAAACCCAAAGCCGCUGGUCAUGUGGAGCAUUCACAGCAAAAGGCAGAAGCAGGAGGUGGCUCUGUCGUUCGAUGAGGAUGAGUCAGCAGAAUCAAAUAUGGGCUCCUCACUGUCCCACAAUCCCAUCAGAGUCUUCAACAACGGGACUCUGAUCAUUCCACACAUCACGAAAGACGAUGGUGGCAACUACAGCUGCUCAGCCACCAAUGAAUUUGGAAGAGCUGAGGAUUCGGUGUCAGUGAUGGUGGUGGCGCCACCGAAACCAACGCCCAAAAAGCAAAUAGCCACAACACCUACUUACACAAAAACACACCCAUCAAUAGCCCAGACGACUGGUAAAACUUCUCUUUUUGAUUCUGUGCGUCUCCCUGAUUUAAAGAGGAAAGACUUCAUGAACGUCGUGCCCACUUUCCCGCCCACAGCAGAGCUCAACUCGAAGUCCCCUGAGGAGGCGACAAGCCAUCCGUCACGUGCCAGAAAAUGUGGCUUGACGGCUAAUACGAGAUACAUUUCGAGCCACGUCUUUAACGGGAGCCUGGACGACAUCAAGCAGUACACAUUUGACUUUGGCGUCAUUGCUUUAGGGGUGUCAGAGACAGAAGCGACGGUGCGCCUCAAUCCUCUUCUCAUACCCAGAGACAAGAGCACCAACCAGGCCGCCGCCACCACCGCCUCAUCUGAGAGCCUCCAGGUCUAUUCAAAUGGUUUGUAUCUGUGCGUCACUGCCGACCGCAAACACUCAGCGGUGCAGUGGUCGAGGAUCAAAGAGGGCGUCAACACAUAUCUGUUCAGCGGUUUACGUCCUGGCACCAAUUACUCCCUGUGUCUGACCUACCGAGGGGAGGACUGUGAGGUCCAGGUGCUGUUCACCACCAGGAGGAGGGUACCUAACCUGCUCAUCAUCAUCUCGGUCAGCAUCUGCCUCCUCACCGUGUCCACCGUGCCUCUGCUCGGCGCCACGUGCUUCCACCUGGUGUACAAAUACCGCAGCAAGACCUACAAGCUGAUCCUGAAGGCCAAAGACCAGUACCACAUGGAGAGGAACCUCGCCGCCAACUUUAACAUCCACGCACCGCACACCGAGUCCCAGAGGAAGAUUAACGGCAGCCAGCUGGACGAGGAGGAGGGGGAGACGGAGAGCGGGGAUGGAGACGGGGAGAAGGAGGCGGAUACAGAAGAAAGCGUCAUGACUGAGUCCUUCAGUCUGUCUCAGUGCAGGACGAAUUUAGACAACUGUGAGGUGGGAUCUGAGUAUAGUGAUCGGUUACCUUUAGGAGCUGAGGCAGUGAAUAUAAUAAGCAACUACAAAUAUCCCAAUCAGUAA